AUGAAGUCCUUCGUAGCCCUCUCCCUCGCGGCCCUCGCCCUUGCCAACCCUAUCCCCGUCUCUAACGAGCCAGCCAUCCUCGCUGAGCGUCAGACCCAGACCGGUAUCACGUCUACCGAGUUCACCCGUCUCGGCUGCCGCCCCGUCAUCUUCCUCUUCGCCCGCGGCUCGACCGAGAUCGGCAACAUGGGCUCUACCGUCGGGCCCCCGACCUCCAACGGAAUCAAGGCCGCGCAAGGCGUCACCAAUGUCGUGACCGAGGGUAUCGACUACCCUGCCCUGCUGUCCACCAACUUCCUCCCUGGCGGUGCCGACCUGGGCGGUAUCAGCGAGAUGAAGAGGCUUCUUAACAAGGCUGCGACCGAAUGCCCCAACUCCAAGAUUGUCGUUUCUGGGUACAGGUAUGGACAUGACAUCCUUGCCAGUCCCCAGUUUUCCCCCCUUAAUACUCAUACUAACCGCAACAAAAAAACAGCCAAGGCGCAGCCCUCGUCCGACCGCGCCGUCGAGAGCAUGUCCGAGGCGGUCAAGAACAAGAUCGUGGCCGCCGUAACUUACGGUGAUACCCAGCGCCUCCAGGACCGCGGUCGCAUCCCCAACUUCCCCGAGGAGAAGACUCUCAUCAUCUGCAACACCGGUGACCUCGUCUGCGUUGGCCAGCUGACCAUCCUCGCUCCUCACCUCGACUAUAAGCGCCGCGUGCCUGAGGCUCUUGCUUUCAUCAACGCUAGGCUGGCUGCUUAG